AGGAAGUCACUUCAUAGUAGCAUAGCUAUUGAUCCAUUUACACUAAUCUAAACAGUGCUGAUAUCUUAGGAAUGCUCUGAGCUGUGCUUUACGUCCCUGGCUACAGUUUGGUGGCACCACGUCAUUGCUAUAAGAGGAUUGCUCGGUGCUCCCGCCCCCCCAUAACGAUUUCACUCGUUUUGCAACAAACUUGACUUUGCCCCAUUUGGACUGUCAACCCACAGAGAUUUGAACAAUGGCAACUUUCAAUGAGAAGAAGACUUGCAAUCAACGCAUGGAAGAAUUCAAACGCUUUGUCUGGAAUCCUGACACAAAGGAGUUCAUGGGACGGACACCCGGAAAGUGGGUUCUCAUCAUUCUAUACUACGGAGCCUUCUAUGUUGUAAUGUGUGCAUUGUUUGCACUGGCUCUCUUUCUGCUGUUGACCACAACGGAUCCCUAUACACCAACCUACCAAGACCAGCUGAAAUCACCAGGUGUGACAAUACGACCGGAGCCGAGAGGUUUGAAGAUCUCCUUUAAUAUCUCAAAUCCAAAGUCCUGGCAAUAUUAUGUCAACACUCUUCAGCAUUUUCUUUCAGCCUAUAAUGAAUCUAUCCAGGCCAAAACGAGCCGGAACUGCAGCAUGGGUAACUAUACCAUCCAAUCAGGAUAUGGACCGAAUUCCAAGUACGCUUGCCAAUUUACUCGAGAGAUGCUGAAGAACUGUUCUGGGCUCGAAGACCCCACUUUCGGAUACAAAGCUGGCCAGCCCUGCAUCUUAAUCCGCAUGAAUCGGAUUAUCAACUAUUUGCCUGGAAAUGGAACCACCCCAAAUGUUACAUGUGGUGUUCUGCACGCCUACCCAGAGAGCAUUGGAGAUGUGGUCUUUUAUCCUGACAAUGGUACUUUUGACCUGUCGUAUUUUCCUUACUAUGGGAGACAGCCUCAGCCCAACUACACCAAUCCUUUAGUUGCAGUCAAGUUCCUGAGUCUGAAAAAGAACAGACACUUUGAAAUUCAGUGCAAGAUUAAUGGACCAGGAAUCAUUAAUGACAACCCCUAUGAGAAAUUUGAAGGAAGAGUGAUCUUUCACCUGGACAUCCAAAAAUGAACGCAAGCCUAAGGGAGAGUUUCGUCUGAUGGUUUAUUUGUUUUCUGUAUAUUUAUAUCAGUAGUUGUUCCCUGCGAGAUUAUAGAUGAGGUUGUAGAUGAUGAAUGAAAUGUUUACUCUAUUUCUCCCUGUCCGCUGGAUGGUACCAGACCUGCUGAGUUUCUCCAGCACUUUCUAUUUUUACUUCAGAUUUCAAAUUUACUGCUAUUACUUUCAGAUUUUUGCUUUUGUUUUGGAUGAUGUACUUUAGUGCAAUGUGCCAAGAUUUCUGUCUAAAUAUCCUUCAAUGUUAGCUCUGUACUGUGACGUAUAAGUGUAUUGCACGCAUACAUAUAUAAACACUCAUGUGCCAACUAUAUUGCACAAGUGAUGUGGGUCGGCAGCAUCCAUGCAAACUCCAUUUAAGGACAUAGACAUUUUACUGCAGUGCCUGUCUCUCUCACAUAUGGAAAUGUCGUACUUGAAUGUCACCGAAUUUGUUUUUCACCUCCUCAUUAUUAUCCCCUUUCUCCCUCUUGCCCUGUGCCAUGUGUCCCUCUGCCUUCCCAAACUCUCUUUCCUUUCCUCUUCAUUCACCCCUCUCCCACUCACCUAUCUCCCUGGUAUCACCAUCUCUUAAUGUCCCAUCCCCACCUUCAUCAUCCACCACAUUUUCCGACCCCAUCUCUACCAACUCCUCUGCUAAUCUCCUCCCUCGUUCCUUCUUCCGUUUGAACCCAGUUGCAGCCUUCCCUCUAAAUUGCGCUGAUCUUGAUUGCCACACUGAGAGAGUAGAAUUACUGAAAAAAAUUACAGCACAGAAGGAGGUCAUUGGCCUAUUGUUUCUGUGACACUUGUUUACAAGAGCUUGCCUCACUCUCCUGCCUUUUCCUGUAUCUCUGCUACAAUUUUGCAAUUUUCUUCUGAAGGCCGUGGUUGAAUCAGCCUUCAGCCCAUCCCCAGGCAGCACACUUAAGGUUUUUUUCAUGCCACCUUUGAUUCCUUAGCCAUUGACAGGAUGUCCUGACUUAAAGUCGGACUUGUGAACCUGAAAAUCAUUCCUUCAAUUGAAAAGGUUUUCAACUCUUAGUUACAUUCCAUAAAGAUCUUCCUUAGCAGAGAGAAAGAAAAAUAAAUGGUAUUCUCUAAGUUGAAAUCAGUGCUGUUUGAUUCUCAAUUGCUGUGGGAACAAUUUCUAUCCUCUCAGUCUAGACCCCUCCCAAAUUUGAACACCUCAACUAAAUCUUUUGAUUUGAUUUCAUUUGAUUUAUUAUUGUCAUGUGUACCUAGGUACAGUGAAAAGGUUUGUUUUGCGAGCAAUGCUGGCAGAUCAUGCCAUCCAAAGCAUAUAAAGGUAAUAGAAGCAAAUGGGAAAUACAAUGUUACGGCUACAGAGAAGGUGCACAAAAAGUGAGAUCAACAUUCAAUUUAAAAUUUGAGAUGUCCACCCAGAAGUCUAAUAACAAUGUAGGAGAAGCAGUUCUUGAAUCCGUUGGUAUGUGUGUUUAAGCUUUUGUAUCUUUUGUCUGACGGAAGAUGUUGGAAGAGAUUAUGACUGGGGUGGGAGGGGUCUGGAUUAUAUUGGCUGCCUUUCCAAGGUAGCGAGAAGUAUAGGAGGAGUCAAUGGAUGGAGGGUUGGUUUGUGAGAUGGACUGGGCCAUGUUCCUUACAGUCCUGGGCAGAGCAGUUGCUGUACCGAACUGUGAUGCAUCUGGAUAGAGUGCUUUCUAUGGUGCAUCUGUAAUAGUUGGUCAGAAUUCUUAUGGAAAUGCCCAGUUUCCUUAGCCUUCUGAGGAAGUAGAGCCGUUGGUAUCUAUCUUCGCAACUGCAGUUCCUCAUCUCUGGAACCAUUCUGGAUCUUCGCUGCACUCUCUUGAAGGCCUUCACAUUCUUCCAAAAGUGCAGUUCCCAAAAUUGGACACAAUGUUAAACUUUAUAAAGUUUCAUCAGAACCAUUUUGCUUCUCUUCUUUUAAUACCAUGUGCAUAAAGCCCAGGGACAUGUAUUCCUUCUUAACUAAAUCCUCCAUCUACUAUGAUUCGUGCACAGUAGCCCAGUCCCUCCGUUCCUGCACAGCCUAUAAAAUAAGAGCAAUUACUUCAUACUGCCUUUCCUCAUUCCUCCCACCACAAUGUAUCACUUCAUGUUUCACUGUUACAUUUCAUUUGUUCUCAUGUUUGCCUAUGUCCUCUUGAAGCUUAUGAUUAUUCUACUCACAGUUCACAAUGCACCCGAGUUUUGUGCAAUCAGUUGUAUCUAAAUUCUGUCCUGUGCUUACUCAGGUCGUAAUAUUUAUCAGAAAAAAGGAGAGAUCCUUAAUCCAGUCACUGGGAAGCUCUGCUGUAUACCUUCUUCCCCUGUUUGCAAACAACCACGCAGUAGAUAUUUUGUUUCUGGUCGCUCGGUCAACCUUGUAUUGUGCACCUGUUCGUCAGACACCAAUUUCUGUUUCAAGAAGUAAUAUUAUUCCUCUUUAUUAUGUUUUAAAGAUCAUUUUAAUAAGAUGACUCAUAAGCUGAAA